AUGCAGCUACACACAACUUUGGCGCUAAGUCUAUUAAUUACAGCAAAAACUGACCCAGACUCCGAAGCAGAUAGAUUUAUAAUAACAAAUGAAUUCUACCCUGAACAAUACAGCAUUUACACAAGUAAAUAUGAAAUUGUCAAUAUUAUUGUACCUUUAAAUCAAUUGAACUAUGGCAAUAAUCCUGGCAGCAAAUAUGUAUUUUUCUUCGUCGAAGCAGAUCAAGAUGAAUCUGGAAGAGUUAUAGAAAAAGGUUUAUAUGUAUUCAAAGAUGGUAACCCUAUAAAACUAUUGGAUAACGGUAGAGAUGUCGCUGCUGCCGCCGAUGAAAGCAAUGUAGCCUUUAUUGCGGCUGAAGACGGUAUAUAUUUGUAUAACAAUGAAAGAGUUUCCGUACACAAAUAUGGUACGAUAUCUGAUAGUAUUAUUGGUAUUGCAAAGCCAACACAUAGUGACAUAAUUUAUAUCUUAACUGAGGAUAAAGAGGUGUUUAUUGUUAGUGGAAUGGAUACUAAGAAAGAGAAAGUAAAUGAAAUAGUUAACGCUGAACAGAUAAUAUUAGAUUAUGACAACAAUCUUUACUAUUUAGAUGCGGACACACAAGUUUAUUUCUACGAUUUUCUUAGUGUUACAAAAAUCGAGGGAUUACCUGAUUAUGCAUUUAGUGCACGGCUUUUGAAACCUCCUGUAACAACUCAAGGUUUUGUACCAUUCGUUGUUGAUGGUGAAAUAUAUUGUAUCAACGCUAAGGGGUACGCAGAGAUGUUUGAUAAAGUGGAAUUUGCUGGUAAUGGUACUCCGAGUGCGUUCGCUAUGGAAGAUGGUGUAGUACAUUAUUAUGCUAUAAACAAAAAGAUAUAUGAAUUUGAUAUAUAUGAUAUACUGCAUAAUGGAGCUAAAGGUCUUUUAGGUAAACUUGUUAAGAAAACUGUCGCAGAUGAAAUUCUUACCUUAAUUGGGUUAUUAGUGUAA